AUGGCUCCUGGAUUAGUUCGUAAUCCAAAAGCAAAAAUCAUACCAAAUAAUUCUCGGCAGAUUUUCAUGGAACACAUGACAGGAGGUUUAACAAGGAUUAAAACCCGACAAUCCGAGAAAACCGAUAUGGCAUCAGACAAAGGGAACAAGGGAUUGCCAAUAACGGAUGGUUCGUCUAUAAGAAGCAAAACUGCGAAUCUGACGUUCGAGGGAAACAUGCCAACUAAUCAGCCUCCUCAAACUCAUCAAAAGGAGAACACUCUUAUGCCGGAAGUUCGGACUCCUCAAACUCAGCACAAGGAUAGCACUCUUUUGCAAGAAGUUCAGACUCCUCAAACUCAGCAACAAGAAGAGAGGACUUGA